AUUUGUUUCCAGGAUCCCAACCGCCAAGACAAGAAAUUCUUAUAUAAGCACUCUAUCAUCCCUGUCAUUCGUGUUCUGCGUUAUUAAUUACCUCGGGUCGGUGUGACACCGAGGUCAUAAAUUCGGCUCCUACUUUUUUUCCAUUUUGUGUCGAGCCGCGCGCGUUGUUGAAGAGCCUGCGGAGGAGACGACAACUUCCGGUAAAUAAGUGUAUUUCCGGGAAAUUUCAAGCAUCGGCCAAAGCGAAACGGAACCCAAAGCUGUCCUUGCACAAAAUCCGUCAAAAUUGUUGAUUUAAAACCAGAAGAUGUGAUAAUUUUGACAUACAUGUUUUGCUGGAUAACUAUUCUCGAGCAUAUAUUGAUAUAAUGUACAAUACUUCGUAUGCAUAGCAUGGGAAUACCGCGGCCAACUUUCACUUAGCUUGUUUGAUACUGCUAAGCAUUUUAUGAAUGGUUCUUAUUGUAACUGGUAGACAACAAUUUUGCCAACUGUCCACUUAUUACAUUCUUGGACUGUGGUACAACUAUUACUAAUGAUGGGUCAGUUUAUAUACGCUCUUAAUUAUAUUUUCUGUACUUUAAAAAUAUCUGAAGUGACUGUCGUUCUGCUAUGUGCAAUCAACAAAUAGACUGAUAAUAUUGUCUGUUGGUUUUCAAAGCAAGCGAAAACAAGGAAUUUAAAAAUUGUCGACCCAUAUUUGUUCUCACUUGUUUUAGAAAAUUAUUAGAAAAACUCAUGUAUAAGAUAUUAAUCAAAUUUAUCGAAAAAAAAUAGAAUGUUGACGCACCAUCAAUAUGUUUUCAGAGAGAAUUGAUCCACCGAACUUGCAAUAAUUGAAUUUACCAACAAACUUACUAACGCAAUAGAUAAUGGAGAAUUCAUAAUUGAUAUAUUUCUGGACUUAUCAAAGGCAUUUGAUACAAUUAAUCACAGGAUUUUGAUACAAAAACUAGAACACUAUGGUAUAUGGGGAGUAGCUCAACUAUGGUUUCAAAACUAUUUGUAACUUUCUUGGUAUAAUUAUUGAUGAAUGUUUGGCCUGGAAUAAUUGUACAGCUAAAGUAGCAAAAAAAUUAUUAGAACCUCUGGCAUAAUUUUAUAGUAGCCACUAUGGUGUACGGACGUGUACCAGCCCUCCAUAGUGUACGGACGUGUAUUUUGUGCUCCGUUACUCCAACUUAAAUGUAUGUUACAAAUCACAAGUAUUUGAUAUCUCACUGCAUAUUUAAUUGCUAGAGUUCUUGUGAGUUGCGUUCCGGCGGGUUGGAGCCUUAAAUUGCUGGAGAACAGAACAGCAGAACUGUAUGUGAGUAUUUGUAUGUAUAUUGCGAUUUGAGGGGAAACAUGUCGGGAAAUCUAAGAUUGUCUUGGAUUGGUGAUCAUGAAAGAAAGCUUGAAAGAAUUCGUAAGGGACAAUCUUAUCCAACAGGGAACGUGGUCAUCGCCAGCCGGUGAAAAGAAACGUUUUGAGUCGGAGGGUCUUACGAUUCUCUGGAUAAAAAACAAGAAGUUCCUUGCAGUUAAUGGAAAGGACACGAAAGAAAUUUGUGGUCGACUGAUCAAAGUUAUGUGUACGAGCAGUGACUUUGCAGGCGUGAAUACUAGCAUAGAGAGGGCUACAAAUACUGAGAAUUUUGUUGAUGAUAAUAUAUCUAUAAACCACGGCAAAAUCAUGCUUCAUGACCUUCCUACUUCAGCGGCACAAGCGCAGUCAAGUGUUCAAAUUGAUAGCAGAGAGCACAUGGAAAACUUUGAAACUGAACAGGUGAUAAACAGCGAGACUGCUCGCUCGUUGGCUGAACCGUUGAUCAGCUUGCCUCAAUAGUAGAUGAAAUUCAAACAAAUGUGAAAUCUGAGGCGCAGGAUCCAUGUGGUAAGUGCA